CGUAUAAAGGCAGCGGGCGCGGGCGAGGCGGGCAGAGCGCGGCGCUGCCCUCCGCCCGCCGCCGGCCCCAUGCAGCCCGCCAUGAUGAUGUUCUCCAGCAAGUACUGGGCGCGCCGGGGCUUCUCGCUGGACUCGGCCCUGCCGGAGGAGCGCCCCGCCGCCGGCAGCCUCACCCUAAACAGAUCAAGUUCUGGGAAAAAUGAGGAGAAGAAAGGGAAUAAGGGAAAUGGGAGAAGUGAAUCUGCAUCUGAAGGUGGAAAGACAGCUGUGGUGUUUUCCUUGAAGAAUGAAGUUGGUGGAUUGGUGAAAGCUCUCAGACUCUUCCAGGAAAAACACGUGAGUAUGGUUCAUAUUGAAUCACGAAAAUCAAAGAGAAGGAAUUCAGAGGUGGAAAUUUUUGUGGACUGUGACUGCAGUAAGAAAGAAUUUAAUGAACUGAUCCAGUUGCUCAAGUUUCAAACUAAUAUAGUAUCUCUCAAUCCACCGGAAAACAUUUGGACUGAUGAAGAAGAUCUUGAUUGUGUCCCUUGGUUCCCCAGGAAGAUCUCUGAGUUAGACAAAUGCUCUCAGAGAGUUUUGAUGUAUGGAUCUGAGCUUGAUGCUGAUCACCCGGGAUUUAAAGACAAUGUCUAUCGACAGAGAAGAAAGUACUUUGUGGAUGUUGCCAUGAGCUAUAAAUAUGGUCAGCCCAUUCCAAGAGUGGAGUACACAGCUGAAGAAGUUAAAACUUGGGGGGUGGUAUUUAGGGAACUCAGUAAACUCUAUCCCACCCAUGCUUGUCGUGAAUAUUUAAAAAACUUUCCUCUGCUGAGCAAGUACUGUGGAUACAGAGAAGAUAAUGUGCCUCAGCUGGAAGAUGUUUCUAUUUUUCUUAAAGAAAGGUCUGGCUUCACAGUGAGACCAGUUGCUGGAUACCUGUCUCCCCGUGACUUUUUAGCUGGCUUAGCAUACAGAGUCUUCCACUGUACUCAGUACAUACGGCACAGCUCAGAUCCCCUCUACACACCGGAACCGGAUACAUGCCAUGAACUCUUGGGACAUGUGCCUCUACUUGCUGAUCCCAAAUUUGCACAGUUUUCACAAGAGAUAGGACUUGCUUCACUGGGAGCAUCUGAUGAAGAUGUUCAGAAAUUAGCCACUUGCUAUUUCUUUACGAUCGAAUUUGGCCUUUGCAAGCAAGAAGGACAACUGCGUGCUUACGGGGCAGGACUUCUGUCUUCUAUUGGAGAGUUAAAGCAUGCUCUCUCUGACAAGGCGAAUGUGAAAACAUUCGAUCCAAAGACAACCUGUUUGCAAGAAUGCCUUAUUACUACUUUCCAGGAAGUUUACUUUGUUUCAGAGAGUUUUGAGGAGGCCAAAGAAAAGAUGAGGGACUUCGCCAAAUCAAUCAAUCGUCCCUUCUCUGUGUAUUUCAAUCCAUAUACACAAAGUAUUGAGAUUCUGAAGGAUACCAGGAGUAUAGAAAAUGUUGUCCAGGACCUCCGCAGUGAUCUAAACACUGUAUGUGAUGCUUUAAGUAAAAUGAACAGAUAUUUAGGGAUUUGAUAUGUUUGGCACUGUGAUUUGCUGUCAGUUGCUCUUUCUGUCACCACUUACAUGAGAUGGCUAAUUUAUCAGAGCCAUCAGUUUUCCCUUUACAGCUUGGCCUGUGGCUUGCAUCAUUGUGUAGCUCUGUCUAACUGUAAUGUGCAGACAAACCAAGGCGAUGCUAAUUUGUAAAUGAAACAUGGAAUGUGGCAGAAUAUAAUAAUCAAUUCUUCAGCACAAUGUCAUGUACAAGUAUACCAUUAAAAUUUU